CCACGUCAACAACUGUCAUGCUGGGCCAACUUUGAUCACAGCAACCAUCAAUCAACGAUACUGGAUCCAAGGAUGUCAAACAGCCAUCAAGCGAGUAAUUCGGAGGUGCAUGACGUGCUGUCGUCAGAAGGCGCAAGCUGCCAAGCAGCUUAUGGGAAGUUUGCCAGCGUCUCGAGUAACAGCGUGUCGACCUUUCGCCCAUGUUGGGGUGGAUUAUGCUGGCCCAAUAAUGGUGCGCUGCAGUAACACGCGAGGAGCACGAUGAGCCUUUAAGAGAAUGAUUGCGCGCCGUGGAUACUGCAGUGAAAUAUGGUCGGAUAAUGGCACUAACCUGGUUGGAGCAGAUCGACAAUUGCAGGAAGUAUAUAAAAUGGUGACAAAGCACGCCAAGCAAAAGGAACACUUCUUCGCAAAUUUAGGAAUCCGUUGGCGAUUUAUACCACCGGCAAGCUCGCACCAGGGUGGCAUUUGGGAAGCUGCGGUAAAAAGCGCCAAAGAGUUGCUACGACCAAUCGUUGGUAAUGAGGAGCUGACAUAUGAAGAACUGUCUACGGUAUUAUGCCAAGUGGAAGCCUGUCUUAAUUCGAGACCCCUUUGCUCUAUAUCGUCAUGCCCUGACAGUCUCGAGGCGCUCACGCCGGGCCAUUUUUUGGUAGGCCAACCUCUAAAUUCGUUGCCUGAACCAGACGUCACCCAUCUCAGGAUGAAUAUGCUCGAUCGGUGGCAGCGAGUUCAACGAUACACGCAGGACUUCUGGCAGCGCUGGCGAGAUGAGUACAUCGCUACACUGCAGCCCAGAGGGAAGUGGAAAACCAAGGAACAGAAUUUGAAUCCUGGACAACUCGUUCUCGUUAAAAACGAUAAUUGUCCGCUGUCAGCAUGGGAGCUGGCUCGCAUUGUCGCUGUACAUCCAGAUCAACAAGGAUUAGUUCGCAACGUCACGCUGCGCAGAGGCAAGUCGGAAUAUCAGCGCUCUGUCCAGAAGUUAUGUCCGCUUCCUGUUUGAGCCGUUGCCUCAAGGCGGGGUGGAUGU